UUAUGCUAAGAACACAACUCGCCCAUGAAGAAGUGCUGCCACGAUCAACAAGAAGACGAAGAAAUAAGAGAAGAAGCAAAGCAAAGAAGAAAUAAGAAACGAAGAGCUAGAAGAAGAAAAAAUGGCGUUGGACUCUUUCAAAGCAUGGGAGCAAGAUACUAUUGCUUGCAGUCGCAGCAGCGAGAAAACAAGUUUCUUCCAAGGAAUUAAGGGAGACGUAGAUUUAUAGAUUGAUGAUAGAUUGAGGAUAGCUUUGCAGAGCCGGUACAUGAUGAAGUUUAUCGGCUCUGCUAUCCAUGUUUUCACAAGAGAGGUGGAACCUUUACCAAUUUUGAUGAUCCCUAACAU